AUGUGCUCCAGACAGACCGGAGGCUGCCAUGAAACCUCCUCCCAGUCCAGCGGAUGCCACAGCGGGGGCUCCUGCUGCCAUGGGGGCAGCUCCUCCAGCUACCAGGCACAGGGCUCCUCCUGCUGUGGGGGCUCAAGCUCAGGCAGCUAUGGUGGGAGCAGUGGAGGGGUCUCAAGCUCAGGCAGCUAUGGUGGGAGCAGUGGAGGCUCCGGCCAGAUCAUUGUCAGCUCGAGUGGUGGAGGAGGUGGAUCCUGCUGCGGUGGAGGAUCCUCAGGUUACAGCAUGGGAGGAGGCUACAGUGGUGGGUCUUCAGGAUCAAAAAUCAUCAUUGGAGGUGGAAGCAGUGGAGGAUCCUCAGGCUAUGGCAUGGGAGGAGCAUCCAGUGGUGUAACGUCAGGAUCCAAGAGCAUCAUUGGAGGUGGAAGCAGUGGAGGAUCCUCAGGCUAUGGCAUGGGAGGAGCAUCCAGUGGUGUAACGUCAGGAUCCAAGAGCAUCAUUGGAGGUGGAAGCAGUGGAGGAUCCUCAGGCUAUGGCAUGGGAGGAGCAUCCAGUGGUGUAACGUCAGGAUCCAAGAGCAUCAUUGGAGGUGGAAGCAGUGGAGGAUCCUCAGGCUAUGGCAUGGGAGGAGCAUCCAGUGGUGUAACGUCAGGAUCCAAGAGCAUCAUUGGAGGUGGAAGCAGUGGAGGAUCCUCAGGCUAUGGCAUGGGAGGAGGAUCUAGUGGUGGAUCCUCAGGAUCCAAGAGCAUCAUUGGAGCUCAGGUGGUGGAGGAGGUGACUCCUCUGGAUGCUGCAGUGGUGGAUCCAGCUAUGGCAUGGGUGGAGGAUACAGUGAUUUAUCACUGUCUCCGUGCGAGAUGCGCCCGGCGGCAGAACAGGGGCUUCUCAGACCUCCAUGGACAUAGCUCCUUCUACUGUGGUGGGGAAGGCUCAGUCACCUACAGCCGAGGAGUUUCACCCUGCCCGCCCAUGACAUCUUCCACCUACGGCAUUGCAGGGGGGUACAGCUGUGGCAGUGAUGGAUCUGUUGUAAUAACCAGUGGUGACAACGGGGACACAUCUGGCUGGGGCAUUGCAGUGGGGACAGUCCCAGUCUAUGGCACCGGGAGGGGAGCAGAGUACAGCGGCGAGGACUCGGGACGAAUCAUAGUUGGUGGUAGCUCAGGGAGGGCUAGAGGAUCCAGUAUCACUGGAUAUGGGUACGAGUACGAUACAACACCAAGAGAUAAAGUCAUAACCAGUGGGGAUGGACCAGGGUACUACGGCGGAGGAUUGGGCUAUGGCACUAGGGGAUGCUCAGGCCCAGAGUUCAGCUCUGGAGGUGGUGCAUCCUCCAAGACCAUGCAGCAGAAAUGCCCCGUGGUCAUUCCCGACAUCAAGACCCAGCAGAGCAAGCAGAGCAGCCACUGGCCCCCCAUUCAGAAGAAAUGA